UAAGAGCGUUCAUCACCCCCUAAUUUCUAUUACAUGGAUAACUCUUUUGCUUUAAAAGAUAUUUUAAUGAGAUCUUCACUAGUAUUUUUUAAAUAUUUAGCAGAAGAAGCGAAGUUAUUUGUUUAUUAUUUUUUUUUAAAUAUUGAUAUUUUUCUUUUUAAUAAAAAAAAAAUAUAAAAAAAUAAAUAAGUUCGCCUCUAGUAAAUGCGUUUUUAAGAAAUUAACCCUAAUAACAUUUUAUGAAAUUUUUAAUAAUAAACCUAGCAAACGUGUAAUAGCAAAAUAUGGCAAUUUUCAUCAAAUUUUAGAAUAUUUACUACGUCUCGGCAUACUUGGCAGCAUUGCUUUAUGCUUUAUCGAUCCAAGAUCUACUGGCGAGCGUCGUUCCUGUGUCACCCCAAUGUUAAAAAAUAUUAAUAUAUAGUAAUGUAAUAAAUUAUGUAGGUUGAAUAUUAACAAAUACGAAAAGUUUGGACUACCUGAUUUUAGUUAUUUUUCGAACUUUUGCCCACAAUCCUUUUUGGUUUGUGAUGUAGCGUUGAUGUGUUUAUAAAUUUGCCGUACGCUGCAAUAUUAUUAAUAAUUGUUAUUAGUAGGCAACUAAUAACAAUUAAUAAUAUUAGGUACUUAGGUUAGAUUAGUAGGAUAUUUAGUAAAUUUUGUUUUUUUUUGUUUGAAUUUUUAAGUCUGUCUGCAAGCGACUGUCGCCGCGCCAUCGCGUCGCCUCGGUGCCGCCUUACCCCAUUGUUAAACAAUAAUAUUAUAUUAUACACAGGUAGAAUAAUGAGAAAAACGAAAAUUUUAGACUGGGUACCUGAAUAACUGUAACUUUUUACGUACCCUAACACUUUUUAGUUUGUGAUGUGCCGUUGCAUGUAUAUGGAAGUCUGUCGUGUGCUAUUUUUGUGAAAACUGUGAACUUUACUGUUAUAGUGUUUUUGUUUUUAUUGUGCAAGAGCAGUUAUUUUUUGAAAAAAUGGGAAAACGUAAAGACGGUAAAUCCAAGGUUUACUAUUCGCGCCGGAAAUCAAGGAAACACAAAAAGAGUUAUUAUCUAACUAAUACCAAAAAUACUUUCCGUACUUCUGCUACUGAAAGUAUGCCAAUUCAUAACACAUCUGAAGAGGAAAUAGAAGUUGAAAGACAAAGAACAUCUCCUGAUACCAUAACUGACUACGUUAUAGAAGGAAGGAGAAUCGUAGAUAUUCAGAAGCUUUUUAAAGAAAUCCAGAAUUUAUCCAGACACCCUCCAUUUAAUUGCACAAUUGCAGAUAUGAACAUUUUGACGGAAAAUAGAAAAGGCUUAAAAAGUUCAAUUUUACUAAAGUGCAAAAUGUGCAAUUUAGAAAAAUACCUCAAUCUGUUUACUCAAGAUGAGUCUGAAACAUCCAUGGACAUAAAUGCCGCAGCAGCCUUAGUACCCAUUUCAACGGGUAUUGGAUUUACUGCCGCGGAAGAAUUUAUGGCCAUACUGGAUGUCCCUUUUAUGUCUCCAAAUACAUAUCAGCAGCACCAUGAGUUUGUGGGAGAAAAGAUAAGGGAAACGGCUUGGAAAGCAAUGGAGGAAGCCGCACAAGAAGAGAGUUUAUUGGCCAAAAAAUUAGGAGAAGUAAUCGCCCCUGUAUCACUGUUGUGGCUGAUGGUGCUUGGAGCAAAAGGUCUUAUAAUGUUAAUUAUGAUGCUGCUUCAGGAGUUAGGACCGGAAAACUUUUAUUUCUUGGAAUCCGAAAUAAAUACUGCAGCUUUUGUGCAUACGCCAGUGCCAAAAACAUGGAAGUCAUUCCAGAUCAUACAUGUUAUAAGAACUGGUCAAAUACAUCCACAAGUAUGGAAUCCGACAUAAUUGUGGAAGGAUUUCGAAAAAGUAUUGACAUGUAUAAUAUUAUUUAUAAAAGACUUGUUGGGGAUGGUGACAGUAGCGUCUAUUAAAAACUGAUCGAGGCUCGCCCAUAUGGAAGUUUACAUGUGGAGAAAAUUGAGUGCAGGAAUCAUUUAUUAAGAAAUUUUUGCUCCAAAUUGCGUGAAAUAUCUAGUAAGUUUAUUCAUCAUUAGCAUUAAUUUUUGAAAAAGCUAUUAAUUGUUCUUUAUUUAUUUUAGGUAAAAAAAGAAGCAACAGUACAAAUAAUCCGGUUUCACCAUACCUGCGCAAACAUAUUUUGAACAAUAUACGAAGGAUGAGAACUGCUGUUGCAAUGGCUGUUACUCAAAGAAAUAAAGAAGAUAAAAGCUUUAGUAUUAAAAUAGAAAAUCUUACUAAAGAUUUAAAAAAUAUACCAUCCCACGUAUUUGGAGAGCAUCUAAACUGUACAGCCAUAGGAUAUUUUAGAUGUGAUAAAAAGUUUGGAGAAAAAAAUUAUAUUGAAGAAAUGAAGGCAUGUGGGGUUUUGCAAGACAUUGAAGUUUGUCUAAAUAGACUCAUAUUGCAUGCUUCCAGUUUGUUAAGAAAUAUGGACAAUAAUGUAGCUGAACAUUAUAACUCUGUGGUAUGCA